AUGUGUUGUUCUGGAGGUAAAGUAAGGUUGCCGGAUUUGCAUCCAACGCCCAAACCGUUAUCGACACAGAUCUCAGAAACAGCUGAGGCCAAGCACUUCCUACCGAAUAUUCGGAGGUUCAAUUCCUGUUUCCUGAUGACGUAUUUCGGCGCUACUGAAAUCUGUCACGGCACUUUCAUGCCGACUUUCGAAGUCCAAGCUGAGUUCACGAGAACAUCAUCUUCAAAAACGAAAUGCUUCAUCGCCGGGGUAAUCAUCCUGCUGGCCUCAGUCGGUGUCACUGCAUACUUUCUGAUGAGCUCUGUGUGGGAGGAGGAUAAAUCGAAAUACGCCGGCACGUUCAGAACCUGGGCAACCGCCCUCGAUGAGCCGCAAUGCGCCCAUGUCUCGAGAGAAAUCUAUGCGCUAGGAGGGACCGUGGCCGAUGCAACAGUCGCCUCUUUACUCUGUCUCGGUGUUGUUCUACCAGAAUCGCUCGGAAUCGGUGGAGGAUUUUUCGCUGUAUAUUUCAACAAGAAAACCGGGAAGGUGCAUUACUUGGAUGCUCGCGAAAUGGCACCUCUCGCCGCGAAUCAGAACAUGUUCGUCGGAGGCAACAGCCGUACCGGAGCACGAGUGAUCGCGGUCCCUGGUGAAUUGAAAGGCUACAGGGAACUUCUCAGGCUUGUUGGAACCAACGUGUCACAAACGGAGCUGUUUGAGCCUGCGAUCGCUAUCGCGAGGAAGGGAUUCAAAUCCGGUCAGCAUCUUGCCGAGGCUAUGCGCGCGAAAAGAAAUCUCAUCCUUGCCGAUCCCGGUUUGAGAAAAGUUUACAUCGACCCUGAAACCAACGACACCUGGAGAGAAGGAGACGUCAUUGUCAACCACGAGCUCGCGGAUACUUUGGAGAGACUGUCCAGAUCAUCGGACUUCAUGCACGAGUUCUACGAGGGCCCGACGGGUCUGGGACUCGUCAAAAAGAUCACAAGUCUUGGCGGAAUUCUCUCGAUGGCGGAUCUCAAAGAGUACCAGCCCAAAUGGAAGACCCCCACCCAUUGGAGGAUGCAGAAUACUUAUGAUGUCUACUCUGCGAGUCUUCCCGGCAGCGGACCGAUCCUUGCUCUGAUGCUGAACACGCUCGAUGCUUAUAACAUCUCCCGAUUCGAGGACGACUCUAGAUCCUAUCAGAGAUUGGCAGAGAUUUUCAAGUUCGCGUAUGCGAAAAGGUCUCUGCUCGGAGAUCCAAACUUCAUCGACGUGAAAGAGAUAACUAAUUUUUCGUUCUCCCGUAAAAAGCUGGUUGAUCAGAUGGAGAGCAAGGCUUUCGCCGAAGAGAUCAGGGGCAAAAUUAACGAGACGGGAACACUGUCUCUGGAGAAAUACGGCGGCGCUCUGAAUGUACCGCGAGACCAUGGAACGUCACACGCGAGUUUUUUCGGACCUGACGGGGAUGUGAUAGCUAUCACCUCGACGGUGAAUUACUAUUUCGGAAGCGGGGUCCAAAUCGAUGGCAUAGUGUUCAACAACGAAAUGGAUGAUUUCUCGACGCCCAACGAGGACAAUGGAUUCGAUUUGAUGCCCUCGAAAUCGAAUUAUAUCGAGCCUCGGAAACGACCAAUGUCAUCUAUGGUUCCGGCGGUCAUCGUCAAAGACCGAGAAGCCGUAAUGGCGAUUGGAGGUGCCGGCGGAUCUCAGAUUACGACUGCGGCCGCACAAGUGAUUUUCCAUUACUUCUACAGAGGGACAAAGCUCGAAGACGCGAUAAAGCAUAAGCGGAUCCAUCAUCAAUACUUUCCGGAGCAUAUCCUCUACGAGGACGGCUUUGAUUCGGAGAUCAUAGCAGACCUAGCCAAAUACGGGCAUAAAACGCGAGAGAAACCACCGACAAAACGCGGCAGUGUGAUUGUGGGAAUCGCUCGAGAAGGGGACAAGCUCGUAGCCUGCGUUGAUCCUCGGAAAGGAGGUGGGGUCCUCGGUGGUACAGAUUGAUCGUGGGGUCCCCAGAUGAUUCGUAGGUGCAAUGGAUAGCGAGCUCGUGAUUGUGGAGUUCCGAGAUUUUGA